AUGAAACUCACACCAAAGACCAUAGCGAUGAACAUUCGAAGGACAUGCGGCAAGACAUUGUCACAUGUGUCAACAUCCUUUGAAAAUCGAUUCAAUAUUCGACCCAGCGGCGUAACAUCAAAAAAUGUCAUUGGUAAACGAAGAACGGCACUGAGUAAGAUAGAAUGCAUUCCAUUUGCAGCAGCAAUUGUUCCCAGUGAAAAUGUUAGCGACACGAUGAAUUGUGCAACAACUGAGAAAAUUCAAAUAAUAGCGCAAUGUUCACGUGAAGAAAAGAUAUAA